AUGUUGGAAGGACUGCCCGAAUUGCUUAAAGGCAAUGCCCUGUCAUGGUAUCGCAAUAACGAGAACGAAUGGUCGGGCUGGGACGAUUUCUUAACCGAUUUCCGCCGUUACUUCCUACCGCGUCGGUAUCAGAUAAAACUAGCACAAGAAAUUCGCGAUCGGAGGCAACACCCCGGCGAAACCUUCUCGCAGUACGUCACGCAUAUGUUCACGUUAAUGCGCCGCGCAGGAAAUCACUCGACACUAGAGAAAAUAGACCGACUCUACGAAAACAUGAGGGCCGAGUAUAAAAUGUUCGUCCGGAUUAAUGAAAGGACCACGUUGCACGAUCUUACCGACCAAGCCACCGAAUACGAAGAAAUACAAAAAGCUCGCGAAAUAGAGAAUAAAAAAGGACGAGAAUGUCGACGCGUGAAUACGGCCGCUCCGUCGCAACCAAUCCCCAUAUGA